UGCUGAGAAAGGAAGAAGCAGAGGGAGGGGGAGGGACGGGGGAGAGGUGCUCACACAGACACAGGGAACCAGCCGUGAGAAGAGGGACAACAAAUCUGCAGAAACUGAGGAGAGGGAGACUUCCAGAGGAGACUGCAGUAAAGAGUGACUGUCCUAUGAGAAGAGACUACAGUAAAGAGAGAGACUUCCAGAGGAGACUGCAGUAAAGAGUGACUGUCCUAUGAGAAGAGACUACAGUAAAGAGAGACUUCCAGAGGAGACUGCAGUAAAGAGUGACUGUCCUAUGAGAAGAGACUACAGUAAAGAGAGACUUCCAGAGGAGACUACAGUAAAGAGUGACUGUGCUAUGAGAAGAGACUACAGUAAAGAGAGAGACUUCCUGAGGAGACUACAGUAAAGAGAGACUGUCUUGGAGAAGGGACUACAAUAAAGAGUGAGACUAUCUGUGAGGAGACUACAGUAAAGAGGGAGAGACUGCAGUAAAGAGGGAGAGACAGUCUGGGAGAAGAGACUACAGUAGAGAGGGAGAGACAGUUUGGGAGAAGAGACUAUAGUAAAGAGAGAGACUUCCAGAGGAGACUACAAUAAAGAGAGACAGUCUUGGAGAAGAGACUACAGUAAAGAGGGAGAGACUACAGUAAAGAGGGAGAGACGGUCUGGGAGAAGAGACUACAGUAAAGAGGGAGAUACUACAGUAAAGAGGGAGAGACAGUUUAGGAGAAGAGACUACAGUAAAGAGGGAGAGACAGUUUGGGAGAAGAGACUACAGUAAAGAGGGAGAGACUACAGUAAAGAGGAAAAGACUACAGUAAAGGGGGAGAUACAGUCUUGGAGAAGAGACUACAGUAAAGAGGGAGAGACAGUCUGGGAGAAGAGACUACAGUAAAGAGGGAGAUACUACAGUAAAGAGGGAGAGACAGUUUGGGAGAAGAGACUACAGUAAAGAGGGAGAGACAGUCUGGGAGAAGAGACUACAGUAAAGAGGGAGAUACUACAGUAAAGAGGGAGAGACAGUUUGGGAGAAGAUACUACAGUAAAGAGGGAGAGACUACAGUAAAGAGGAAAAGACUACAGUAAAGGGGGAGAGACAGUCUGGGAGAAGAGACUACAAUAAAGAGGGAGAGACAGUCUGCGAGAAGAGACUACAGUAAAGAAGUAAAGACUACAGUAAAUAAGAAGAGACUACAGUAAAGAGGUAGAGACUACAGUAAAGAGAGAGAGGCAGUCUGGGAGAAGAGACUACAGUAAAGAGGGAGAUUAGAGGAGGACAAGAAGUUGGUCAGAGAAGAGAGCUUCUGAGCAAGUCUCAUUAUGGACUCCCUGAAUCUGGACACGUACAGCCUGUCCCUGCUCACGGCCAAGGAGGACAUCCUGAGUGACAGAAGCUCCACAAACUGGGCAGUUUUUGUCUAUGAAAAGCGCUGGGACCUGAAAUUAUUGGACUCUGGAGCUGGUGGGUUGGAGGAGUUAAUUAAGAAAUUUAACAGAAGUUCCAUACUGUAUGGGCUUUGCCGUAUCAUCGAUCCUAAAACUGAGCAGCCGCGAGUUAUCCUCAUACAAUGGAUUGGUGAGAAUGCAGACGAGAGGCGGCGGGAAAUAAGCUGCAAGCACCUUCCGGCCAUCCACAGAUUUUUUAAGGAGGCCACUGUGGUGCUGAGCGCCAGAAGCGUAGAGGAGGUGACACAGGAUGCAGUAAUGCAGGCACUAAGCAAAGUGGCACAGCCAGCCAGGACUGGCAGAAGAUCAUUUGUGUCAGGCUCCCAAGAGCUUGUGGGUACAAAUUACAUGAAGACAAACCCAGCAGCAGAAAUGAGGUUCAGCAUGAGAGAAUCUUUCUGGGAAAGGUCAGAGCGCGAGGAGGAGCACCGUAAAGAUGCAGAGCGUUUGCGGAUGCUGGAGGAGCGGAGGGCUCUUGAGAAACAGAGGGUGGAAAGGGAGCGAGAAGAGGAGGAAGAGAGAGAUCGCCGGAUCCGGGAGAAGGAGAGACUAGUAGAGGAGCAAAGGAAGGAGCAGGUUCGUUUGGAGGCAGAGCAGCGCAAGUUAGAGAAGGCUCGAUGGCUGCAACAACAGAAAGAAUAUGAAGAGGAGAUGAAAGGAAGAUUCAAGCGCAGCCAAUCGAUUGAAAUGGCAGCGGAGGCAGCGGCACUGGUGUCACACAGGUCCAUGCAUCCUCGAGAAUUCUUCCGCCAGCAGGAGCGCUCUGGUUCCUGCACCUCCUCACCUCCAUCCACACCAAGCUCACCGUCACGUACCUCACCAGGCUUCCCCAGUAGACCAGCUCUACGAUACCAACGCAGUCUCACAGAGUCCAUUUUGCCUUCCCCACCUAGGAGUCCAAACUUUAUACCCAAUUCAAAAAAAAGAGACUCCCUGACCUCACCAACUCCCCGGAGUCCACAACCCUGCUCUCCUGCUUUCAUCUUCUCCAAGGCUGCUCGACCUGCCACUUCUCCAAGGGUGGACUCUUUACCUCCUUUCAUACCACCGCCAAUGAGUCUGACUUCAACUCGUGCGGGCACUUUUGUCUCUAAAUCCACCUCCCCUCCCUACAUGCAAAAGAGUAAUUCUGAAAGGUCCAAGUCUGUAGAUUUAGUCAGAGCAGAACAAACAACCUUAAGUACCCCAUUAAAGUCACAGACUAAGUAUCCUAUAAAUGAAUAUGCUUCUACAAAUAGCUCAUCUCAGAUAAAAUCUUUACCCGUUAAUAUUGCACAACAGAAAGCCUCUGAAAGUCCUCCAGAUUGUGCAAUUGCUAAUGGGACUUUUAGGGCAGAGCGGGUAGCCAUUAAUACCUCUAAUACAUUAGAUCCUGUAGCCACACAAGUCAAAAAUAAUUCAGAUAAUGAAAAUUCACACACAGGUGAUCUUGUCUUAUCAGAUUUUCUUCCCUCAGCAGAGCACAAACCUGCUCAUGUUGUAAUAGCCUCAGAACACACUCUUCCUACUAACACUACUGCUCCAGUAACAUCAACUACAACAUACACUAAUGGCAACACACUACCUCCUCCUAUUACAGUAACUACAGAGGCCACGCCCCCAACUAUAUUAACUGAAAGCACAUUAGGGGCAACACCUAAGGAGAUUAAAGCUACAGCACAUGAUAGUCUAUGGCUGCCUCCAACAAGCAAUAUACAGUUGCAUAAAACUAAUGCAAUAGAGACUCCCCUUGGUUUUAACCUAGGUAACUCAGAACAAACUACUCUGAUCUCGUCCUUGCUUCUUCCCUCUGAGACUCUUCCCUGUGAUAGUGUGCCUGAGGCUCCUCCUUGUGAUAGUGUGCCUGGGGCUCCUAGUUGCUAUAGUGUGCCAGAGGCUCCUCCCUCUGAAAGUUUGCCAAAACCACCUCCCUUUGAUAGUGUGAAAGUUCCUUCAUCCUCUGAUAGUGUGCCUGAGGCUCCUUCCUCUGAUAGUGUGCCUGAGGCUCCUUCCUCUGAUAGUGUGCCUGAGGUGCCUUCCUCUGAUAGUGUGCCUGAGGUGCCUUCCUCUGAUAGUGUGCCUGAGGUGCCUUCCUCUGAUAGUGUGCCUGAGGUGCCUUCCUCUGAUAGUGUGCCUGAGGUGCCUUCCUCUGAUAGUGUGUCUGAUGCGCCUUCCUCUGAUAGUGUGCCUGAGGCUCCUUCCUCUGAUAGUGUGCCUGGAGAUCCUACUUCUGAUAGUGUGCCUAAGGCUCAUCACUCUGAUAGUGUGCCUGAAGCUCUUACUUCUGAUAAAGUGUCUGAGGCUCCUCUCUCUGAUAAUGUACCUGAGGCUCCUAGACCUAGUAGCUCAUCUGAGGCUCUUCACUCUCAUGACUUACCUAAAGCUCCUUCCUCUGGUAGCUUAAGUAUUGCCUCUUAUAUCAUACCUGAGGCCUCUCUCUCUGAUAGCUUAUCUGAAGCUUAUCUAUCUGAUCUUGUGCCUGAGGCUCCUCAGUAUAUCUGCUUAACUGAUGCUCCUCACUCGUAUACCUUACCUGAGGCUCCUCUCUUUUGUAACUUACUUGAGACUCAGUCCUCUUAUAGCUUGCGUGAACAUGUUCCCUCUAAUAGCUUAUAUGUAGCUUCUGCUUCUAAUACUCUAACUGAGCCCCCACCCUUCACUAGCUUACCUGAGGCCCCUCCAUCAUCUUCUAGCUUACCUGAGGCCCCUCCAUCAUCUUCUAACUUACCUGAGGCUACUUCAACUACUAGCUUACCUCAGGCUCCUCCAUCUUCUAGAUUAUAUCAGGAUCCUCCAUCUACUAGCUUACCGGAGGCUCCUCCAUCUACUAGCUUGACUGAGACUCCUUCAUCUUCUAGCUUACCUGAGGCCCGUCCAUCUACUAGCUUACCUGAGGCUCCACAAUCUACUAGCUUGACUGAGAUUCCUCCAUCUAGUAACUUGACUGAGACUCCUCCAUCUACUAGCUUACCUGAGGCUCCUCCAUCUACUAGCUUGACUGAGACUCCUCCAUCUAGUAUCUUGACUGAGACUCCUCCAUCUACUAGCUUGACUGAGGCUCCUCCAUCUACUAGCUUAACCAAGACUCUUUCAUCUGCUAGCUUACCUGAGACUCCUCCAUCUGCUAGCUUACCUGAGGCUCCUCCAUCUGCUAUCUUAUCUGAGGCUCUUCCAUCUACUAGCUUACCUGAGACUCCUUCAUCUACUAGCUUAAAUGAGGCUCCUUCAUCUACUAGCUUACCUGAGGCUCCUCCAUCUACUAGCUUGACUGAGACUCCUCCAUCUAGUAGCUUGACUGAGACUCCUCCAUCUACUAGCUUGACUGAGGCUCCUCCAUCUACUAGCUUAACCAAGACUCUUUCAUCUGCUAGCUUACCUGAGACUCCUCCAUCUGCUAGCUUACCUGAGGCUCCUCCAUCUGCUAUCUUAUCUGAGGCUCUUCCAUCUACUAGCUUACCUGAGACUCCUUCAUCUACUAGCUUAAAUGAGGCUCCUCCAUCUACUAGCUUACCUGAGGCUCCUCCAUCUACUAUCUUGACUGAGACUCCUCCAUCUAGUAGCUUGACUGAGACUCCUCCAUCUACUAGCUUGACUGAGGCUCCUCCAUCUACUAGCUUAACCAAGACUCUUUCAUCUGCUAGCUUACCUGAGACUCCUCCAUCUGAUAGCUUACCUGAGGCUCCUCCAUCUGCUAUCUUAUCUGAGGCUCUUCCAUCUACUAGCUUACCUGAGACUCCUUCAUCUACUAGCUUAAAUGAGGCUCCUCCAUCUACUAGCUUACCUGAGGCUCCUCCAUCUACUAGCUUGACUGAGACUCCUCCAUCUAGUAGCUUGACUGAGACUCCUCCAUCUACUAGCUUGACUGAGGCUCCCCCAUCUACUAGCUUAACCAAGACUCUUUCAUCUGCUAGCUUACCUGAGACUCCUCCAUCUGCUAGCUUACCUGAGGCUCCUCCAUCUGCUAUCUUAUCUGAGGCUCUUCCAUCUACUAGCUUACCUGAGACUCCUCCAUCUUCUAGCUUAACUGAGACUCCUCCAUCUACUAGCUUACCUGAGGCUCCUCCAUCUUUUAGCUUAGCUGAGCCUCCAUCUACUGGCUUACCUGAUACUCCUUCAUCUACAAGCUUACCUGAGACUCAAUCUACUAGCUUACCUGAGACUCCUUCUUCUUCUAGCUUAACUGAGGCUCCUCCAUCCAUUAUCUUAUCUGAGGCUCUUCCAUCUAUUAACUUACAUGAGACACCUCCAUCUGCUAGCUUACCUGACUCUCCUCCAUCUGCUAUCUUAUCUGAGGCUUUUCCAUCUAUUAACUUACCUGAGACUCCUUCAUCUAUUAGCUUACCUGAGGCAAUUCCAUCUAUAAACUUACCUGAUACUCCAUCUACUAGCUUACCUGAGGCUCCUCUAUCUACUAGCUUACAUGAGACUCCUUUAUCUACUAGCUUACAUGAGGUUCCUCCUUCUACUAGCUCACCUGAGGCUCCUCCAUCUACUCGCUUACAUGAGGCUCCUUCAUCUACUCACUUACAUGAGGCUCCUCCAUCUACUCGCUUACAUGAAGCUCCUUCAUCUACUCGCUUACAUGAGGCUCCUUCAUCUACUCGCUUACAUGAGGCUCCUCCAUCUACUCGCUUACAUGAGGCUCCUCCAUCUACUAGCUUAUCUGAGGCUGCUUCAUCUAGUAGCUUAACCGAGGCACUUUCUUCUGAUAGCUUAACUAAAGCUCAUCCCUUGAAUAGUUUAAUGGAGGUUUCACUCACUGAUAGCUUACCUGAGGCUUCCUCAUCUGAUACCUUACAAGAGGCUUCUCUCACUGAUCCCUUAUCUGAGGCUCUGCCCCCUGUUAGUUUAUCUGAAGCAUCUUCCACUUAUAGCACCCCUAAGGGUUUGUCCUCUGAUAGUAUACCUGAGCAUCCUAUAUCAGCUAGCUUACUUGAUAAUUCUUCUUUUAAUGCUAUACCUGAUAAUCUUUCUCAUGGUAUACUUGAUCCUCUUCCUGAUGAUAGCGUACCUAGGAUUCCCCCCACUAAUAGCUUACAUAAUGCUUCUCUUUAUAGAAGCUUACCUAAUGCUCCUUUUUCUAGUAAGUUAAAUUAUUCUACCCACACUUAUAGCUUACAGGAGACUCCUCCAACUGAUAGCUUACCAGAGGCUCCUCACACUGAUAGCUUACCUAAGGCUCCUUCCACUGAUAUCCAACCUGAGGCUCCUCCCACUUAUAGCCCUCCUGAGGCUCAUCCCACUGAUAGCCCACCUGAGGUCCAUUCCACUUACAGCUUACCUAAGCCUCCAUCCACUAAUAGCCCAACUGAGGCUCCUCCCACUAGUUGCCCACAUAAGAUUCCUGUUACUGAUUGCUUACCUGAGACUCUUCAUACUAAUAGCUUACUUGAAGCUCCUCACACUAGUAACUUACCUGAGGCCCCUCCCAUUGAUUGCUUACCUGAGACUCUACACACUGACAGCUUACUUGAGGCUCCUCAUACCAGCAACUUACCUGAGGCUCCUUGUAAUGACACCUUACUGGAAACUUCUACCAUUAAUGUUCACCUCUCUGAUAGCUUACCUGAGGCUGCCCUUUCUGAUAACUCAUCCAUACCUGAAUGUGACAGAUUACAUGUGGUCGACAUACCUGGUGCAGAACAUUCUAAAGUCUUAGCUGCUGACAACCUACUUAGUUCUGUCAUUGGCAUUUCUGAUAAGAAGCAUCAGCCAAGUGAUAACUUACUGUCUGCAGUGAUAUCAGUGGCUACAAGUGAGACUAUUCCAAAUAAGGACUUACUGGUAUCUGAGACCCUACCAACUAACACAUCUCAUGCCACUGAAAUAUCCUUGUAUUCCCUUGCUGGGAGCACCCACUUCACACAAUCCCAAACCCUUACUGCUUCUCAAGAAAGUGAGCAACAAAGGAAUCUCAACACAGCACCCAACAAGGAUGCAACAGAACAUCCUGCUGGAAAUUUCCACAUUGUUUCCACAGAGGAAGAAAAUGUCUGUUAUAUAUCUGAAGCAGUAGAUCAGACUGGGAACCAAUUUACAAACCAUGUGUCUUCAUCUCCGAUAAGUGACUGCUGAGCUGAUGGAAUGUCCUUCCCAGAAGUAGGUGUCAGGGCAGAGAGACCACGUGUGAAGUGCACUUACCACACAUGCAUCAUGCCCUUAGUUCAUUAAAGAAAGAGAAUGUUAACACCCACACAGAGCAUCUAUUAUCCACAAAACCUCAGGGAUCUACAAGUGGGUUUGACAUGUUAUAAGGCAUUAUAUGAACAUAUUUACCCACUAAGAUGAAGAUCAGUUGCCACCUCAUAGAGAGAGAAGGAAGAAGACUAAAGCUAGCAAUCUGCAACAUGGAACUAACACAGGAUUCCACUGUGUAUUUUAAAGGACCAAUCUUUUUUUUUCCCAGGAUGGGGAACACCAUGACCAAAUUUGUGUGUCUGCCUCUGAAACUGAACUCUUAGUCGAUCACAGGACUGUGCUGUAUGUUCUUAAACAUAUCCAUUAUUUCUGCAGCAUCAUUGUCUGUAUAUCCUUUAAGAUUAGCUUCCAUAUGUCCUGUACAGGGUUUUUGUCUCUGUACCCCCAUUUCUGAGCCUCCAGCACUUCUCUGUGAAUGUAUUCCUUAUGUCUUCUCUAUUUUCCCGAUGACCUCUUCCUUUGUGUUCUCAUUAUUUUUGUGAUAAUAUGUAUUAUGUUGUUUUAUAUCUUCCCAAGAGCUCUUGUCUGUAUGCACUUCUACAACUAAAAUGUCCUUCUAAGCUUGUAUGUAUAUAUGCCCCCCAGUCUGCACUGUAAUAUGUCCUCUCCAAGUAAUCUGUCUAUAUGUCCUUUCCAGGUUCUAUCUAUAUUUCCUCUCCAGGUCGUCUAUCUAUAUGUUCUGCCCUGGCGACAGACUAUAUGUUCUUACCAGCCUGCAGUCUAGAUGUGCACUCCCAGUAGUAUAAAUAUAUAUAUAUAUAUAUAUAUAUAUAUAUAUAUAUAUAUAUAUAUAUAAACACAUUGUUGACCUAUUUUCUACACAGGUUCCCUUAAUUAGAAUGUGUGUGUGUCCUUCCAUAUUCACUGUCCCCUUCGAUUGCUAUAUCCUACCCGUCUUUUUUUUUUUUCUAUCAGAACUUCUAUUUAUCUUUCUAGAUGAACUCUGCCUGUCCUAUGUUGUCUGGGGCCAGACCACAAUUAUUAUUAUUUGUAUUGCAGUGGGUGCUCUACAAAAUGAUUUAUCUGGGUUGGAACUUAGCCCUCAGUAUCAUGUAGUGGGGACUCUACAGAAUGAUUUAACUGGGUUGGGAUCUCAGCAUCAUGUAUUGGGUACUCUACAGAGCUAUUUAACUUGGUUAGAAGAUAACCAUCAGUAUCAUCUAGUGGGUACUCUACAGAAUGAUUUAGCUGGGUCAAGAUAUAGCCAUCAGUAUCAUGUAGUGGGUACUCUACAGAAUGAUUUAGCUGGGUCAAGAUAUAGCCAUCAGUAUCAUGUAGUGGGUACUCUACAGAAUGAUUUAGCUGGGUCAAGAGAUAGCCAUCAGUAUCAUGUAGUAGGUAUUCUACAGAAUGAUAUAGCUGGGUCAAGAGAUAGCCAUCAGUAUCAUGUAGUGGGUACUCUACAGAAUGAUUUAGCUGGGUCAAGAGAUAGCCAUCAGUAUCAUGUAGUGGGUACUCUACAGAAUGAUUUAGCUGGGUCAAGAGAUAGCCAUCAGUAUCAUGUAGUAGGUACUCUACAGAAUGAUUUAGCUGGGUCAAGAGAUAGCCAUCAGUAUCAUGUAGUGGGUACUCUACAGAAUGAUUUAGCUGGGUCAAGAGAUAGCCAUCAGUAUCAUGUAGUGGGUACUCUACAGAAUGAUUUAGCUGGGUCAAGAGAUAGCCAUCAGUAUCAUGUAGUGGGUACUCUACAGAAUGAUUUAGCUGGGUCAAGAGAUAGCCAUCAGUAUCAUGUAGUGGGUACUCUACAGAAUGAUUUAGCUGGGUCAAGAGAUAGCCAUCAGUAUCAUGUAGUGGGUACUCUACAGAAUGAUUUAGCUGGGUCAAGAGAUAGCCAUCAGUAUCAUGUAGUGGGUACUCUACAGAAUGAUUUAGCUGGGUCAAGAGAUAGCCAUCAGUAUCAUGUAGUGGGUACUCUACAGAAUGAUUUAGCUGGGAGAUCCUUCACAUUAUCUCACAGGGGAUCACUUUUAUUUAACCUGUCACCUUGAAUGUAUAAUAUAAUUAUAGCAACUAAUAAACACAAAUUAAUUUUA